UCGGGAGGUCUGCCCCGGCGAGCCGGAGGGGAGAGUGAGGCCGGCGGGGUUCUGGCGCCGCCGAAGGGGGAUGCGGCUGCGCUCAGGUGUCUUCGCCUCCGCCUGCCUCCUGGUGGAGGCUCUGGGGGUUGCGCUGUUCCUCCGUGGCUUCUUCCCGGUGCCUGUCAGGUCCUCGCCCCGCAGAGAGGCCCGUGGGUACCCUCCCGCUGAACCGGCCCCGCCCGGCGCAGGAACGGUUUCUAACUGGACCGAAAUUCCACCACCACUCUUCAAGAAAGUUGUCAUUGUGCUGAUCGAUGCUUUGAGAGAUGACUUUGUGUUUGGAUCCAAAGGCAAACAGUUCAUGCCAUAUACCACACAAGUUGUUGAGAAAGGGACGUCCUACAGUUUCAUUGCUGAAGCAAAGCCACCCACUGUGACUAUGCCUCGGAUUAAGGCUUUGAUGACAGGUAGCAUACCUGGUUUCAUUGAUGUUGUUGUGAAUCUCAAUUCCCCGGCUCUUUUGGAUGACAAUCUAAUAUGGCAAGCAAAGACAGCUGGGAAGAGAAUUAUCUUUUAUGGUGAUGAUACCUGGGUUAAGCUGUUUCCCAAGCAUUUUGUGGAGUAUGAUGGUACAACGUCCUUCUUUGUGUCAGAUUUUACCGAGGUUGAUGAUAAUGUUACCAGACAUUUGGAUAGAGUGUUGAAGAGAGAAGACUGGGAUCUCCUAAUUCUACAUUACCUGGGGUUGGACCACAUUGGACAUAUGACUGGGCCAAACAGCCCAUUAGUGGGACCCAAACUUCGUGAAAUGGACAACAUCCUGAAGAAGAUUCAUGUUUCCCUUCUUUCAAAGGAAGAAGCUUCUCUGCCCAAUUUGCUCGUUGUUUGUGGGGAUCAUGGGAUGUCCGAAACAGGUAGCCAUGGUGGCUCUUCAGAAGGAGAAGUGCACACACCACUGCUGUUUAUCAGCUCUGCUUUUGAAAAGAGAAGUGGUCCUCCAAUACAACCUGAAGUUGUGCAACAAACUGAUGUAGCUAGCACAUUGGCUGUAGGUCUUGGUCUACCAAUUUCAAGAAGCAGUGUUGGGAACCUUAUAUUGCCAAUUGUGGGUGGCAAGACAAUGAGAGAACAGCUACGAUUUCUGCACUUGAAUGGGUUCCAGCUUAGCAGACUGCUGCAAGAGAAUACACUGGCAUAUGAAAAAGAUCCUGGAUAUGAACAUUUCAAAAUAGCAGAGAAGUCUCACGGUAAUUGGAUCAAACUAUAUUUAGAGGGGAAUAAUUCAGAAAUACUCCUAAAUCUUGGCAAAAAGGUCCUGAAGCAAUAUUUGGAGGCGCUGAAGACGCUGAGUUCUUCACUAAGCAAACAAGUGGCGCAGUACGACAUGUAUUCAAUGACGGUGGGGACCGUGAUCGUUAUGGAGGUUCUGCUGCUGCUUUUGCUCAGUGUGCCGAAAGCCCUGAGCAGCCGGGCAGAAUUUGAGGUGCCCCUCUCUCCUCCACUCUUCUCUCUGCUGUUCUACUUGAUGUGUCUGAUGCUGUGUGCAGUUCACGUCAUUGUGUGCACAUCAGCAGAAAGUUUAUGCUAUUUCUGCACUAUGUCCUGGUUAACAGCAGUUGGAGUGAUGAUGCUGAUUUCUGCGCUCAUGUGUGGCAUUUUAUCUGCUGUUGUGAAGCUCUGUGAGAAUUCCAGACUUCCACUGAAGAAUCCAGUUGUAUCCAGUUCUGGGUGGUCAGAAAUAGAUGUACUGAUUCUGGCUGGAACAGUUGGCCAUGUUUUGAGUCUGGGGGCAAGCAGUUUUAUAGAAGAGGAGCAUCAAACCUGGUAUUUUCUUAUCAAUACACUUUGCUUGAUGCUGUAUCAGGAACUUUGUAGAAGUAAUUUUCUUCUGGAAGAAAAUGAUCCUCAACACAGCACCACUGUGAAACAAACUUUUGAUAGUAUCAGGAAAGCCACCGAGUGCAAGAAUAUAGAUAUUUCAGUAGCAGAUGAUUCAAAACUGAGCAAGGCCACCUCUUCAGAUGCAUUCAUAAAAGGAUCAGAGAAGUGGAUAAGCUUAGCCAGUCCAUGGAUCAUCCUUAUUUGCUGUCGGCUGCUUCGGUCUUUGAACCAGACGGGUGUCCAGUGGGCUCAUCGGCCAGACUUUGGACACUGGUUGACAAGCUCUGAACAUAAAUCUGAACUCUCCUUCCUGGCUGCAGUUUCCCUACUUCUGAUCUUCAGCCUGGUUCAAAGAAGAUGCUCCUUGGUUUCAAAAAUUGCCAUGGCACUCGGGCUCCUGGGAGUCUACAGUUACCGUGCAGCUAUUGGAAAUGUCAUAUUUCCAUGGCAACAUGACAGCAGAGAUAUUUCAAAGGGGAUUACUGAAGCUCGUUUUGUUUAUGUAUUUGUUCUUGGCAUAGUCUUCACUGGCACUAAAGAUUUACUAAAGUCACAAGUUAUUUCUGCAGACUCCGGCAUGAAGAGUACAGGAUUAUGGGAAGUGUACAGUGGAUUGGUUCUGCUAUCAGCCCUUCUGUUUAGACCUCACAAUUUACCAGUCCUGGUGUUUUGUCUGCUGAUUCAGACAAUGAUGACAAAAUACAUCUGGAGACCCUUGAAAUUUGAUGCAGCACAGAUUACUAUCAUGCACUACUGGUUUGGCCAGGCUUUCUUCUAUUUUCAGGGAAAUUCAAAUGGCAUUGCUACUGUGGAUAUUUCAGCAGGUUUUGUGGGAUUAGAGAGCUAUGUGGAGAUACCAGCUGUCUUCCUUACUGCAUUCGCAACAUACGCAGGACCUUUGCUGUGGGCCAUUCAUCUGCUCUGUUACUUGAGUUCUGAAUUCAGCAGGAGUUCCGCAGCAGUGGGUCACGGCUGCUUCUGCUACGCCCUGAUGCGUUCCAUCCCAGUUGCCAUCUACAUUGUUUUGGUGACAGGUCUGCGUUACCACUUGUUCAUAUGGAGUGUUUUCUCACCAAAACUACUGUAUGAGGGAGUGCAUGUCUUCAUCACGGCUGCUGUCUGCCUCUUCUUCACAGCCAUGGAUCAGAACCACUCCCAGAAGGUGCAGGAUUGAAAGCCAGCAUGCGCUACACAGUUCUGCAUUGCGAGGUCCAGUGUGUGGCUGCAGUGGAAGAAGGAAAAAAAAUAACAGCUUUAAAUUUGUUGUGCAGGAUUUGAAGAGUGACCUUGUUUGUUUCAAUCGAGAACAGGGUUUGAAGGGUGUGCUACAUCUUAAAACAGAGUUUGCUUUGAAAAUGCUGAAUUGAAAUAAACUUCUUUUUUGUGGGUGACUUUUGUUAUGUGGCUGUCAUUACAGCCAUCUCCAUGGCAAUAUUACCACAUCUGAAUUUUGACAAUAUUAUGGUAAAUACUGACCAAUGCCUCCUAGGCACUGAAAAGUCUUCUGUGUAUACAAUUGUGGGGUUUUUUUAAACUUUCUUAGACUACAAAUCCUAAAAAUACUGCAGGAUUUCUUGGUGCUGUUCACAGCUGUUGGUUGUUUUCAUUAGUUUGUUUUGCUUCUCCUGUGUGCAUUGAAAUUAUUGUUGAAUUAUUGCACAGAUACCUCUGGUAAGAGACUUUGUUUGUUUGUUUAUUUGUUUGCAUAGACAGCAUUUCUGCUUAAAGGUAGGGUUUUGUACUUAGAAUAUGUGCAAUCAUUAGUCAUAAUGGUUUUCAAUCUGCACUUCAGGCAAUGGAUAAGAAAAGCUAAUGAGCCAAGAAAGCACUGAGUCUUCUGUGGAGUCCAUUCACUGAUGAAAUGUUGUGUUUCUUUCUAUUGAUGUGUAAAUAUUAAAUCAGGUUGGUGGCAGCUGCACUGAAAAUUUUAUCAUAUUUGCCACAACAGGGUACAGAGUUAUGAACCAUGAAUGGGAAAGAAGUUUAAUGAGCCGAAUUACUCUCAGAAGAAAAGGUGUGUUUGCAUCACCUUUGUCCUAGUGACCUGUCUAGCCACUUCACUUGAACGUGCUGCAAUUAACUCCUGACAGUGUCAUUUUCCUUCCUUCUGUCAGGAAGAUAGACACUGCUGACUGUCCUGUCUGUAUUCUUGAUGUAGGGUUUUUCCUUUGCUUCCUAUUUUUUUCCAUGUUAGCAGCAAAUAGGAUGUAAUCUGGAUGUAUAACAAGUGUAGCAAAAGAAAAGCAUAAAGACAACUUAAACUUACGUUGUAAACCUGGAAAUAAGCAAGCAUUUUAAGCCCUCUGUAGCUGGCAGCGCACUCAUUAGGAUCACUGAUAUGUUCUACAUCUCCUGUUUCAGAUAAGGCAGAUCUCAGAAAGCAGGCUUCUAGUUUUUAUACCUUAAUAAUAGGCCAUUUGAUUACUAAUAAUGAAAAUUGUUUUCCAACAUGGAACCAACAGGAUUUUCAGUGUCCUGGACAUGCAUUGCUGUUCAUCUGGAUCUUUAUGUUAUUCACUGUGACCUGUUGGAAGUUUGAAAAUUAAAUACCUUUAAUAAAUUGGGGAUUUUUUUCACUGCAAA